CAACGAAUAACAUAAAAUUCUAAUGUUCAACAAAGUCUGCUUUGGAUCUUGCAAUGGAAAUUGCAGAGCAAACUUCAACCAGAAAAUAACGCAUGAGCUUGACAUCUUCCUUAAUUUUCUUGACAUGGGAAUGCAACUGGAAGUUUAACAAGGAAACAAUAAAUUAGAAUACUGUAUUGACCAAUUGACAGCAGAAGUUUCCUGCAGAUUUUCUAUCUUUAUUUGUUUAAGGGAUCUGAAACCUUUAAAGUUCAGUAAUUUUCCUUGUUCAUCUUCAUAGUGCCUGCCAUGAUAAAAAUAAUGGAAUUCUCCAUCUUUAUCUCACAACUUGCGCUAUGUUGGUUGCUUUUAAUUAACCUUGCAAUGUCAGAACCUGAAGAAUACCAGACUUACAUCAUCCACUGGGACCAUUCUCAGAAGCCAGAGUCUUUCUUAACCCACCAGUCGUGGCACCAGUCCAUUUUAGGCUCUUUGUCUGCAGAUAAUGAAACAGAAAUGUUGCUUUAUUCGUACAGCCAUGCCUUGCAUGGUUUCAGUGCCAGACUCACACCAUCUUAUCUAUCUGAAAUCGAGAAAUCUCCGGCUCAUGUUGCCACAUACCCAGAGUCCUUUGGCAGGUUAUUCACAACCCACACUCCCAAGUUUCUUGGAUUAAACCAUGACUCUGGCAUAUGGCCUGCAGCUUCAUAUGGUGAAGGUGUUAUCAUAGGAGUUUUUGAUUCCGGAAUCUGGCCGGAGAGUGAGAGUUUUAGUGACACCGGUAUGCCAUCAAUCCCACAGAGAUGGAAGGGAAAGUGUGAGAAUGGUACAAAAUUGAGCUCUUUUGCCUGCAACAAGAAGAUCAUUGGUGCUCAAUCUUUUAGCAAAGGGCUUAAAGCUGCGGGAAAAAAAAUCUCGGAGACCUAUGACUUUGACUCGCCAAGAGACUUCUUAGGUCAUGGAACACACACAUCCUCCACAGCUGCUGGUAACGAGGUACUAGGUGUAAGUCACUUUGGAUAUGCCAGAGGAACCGCCAGAGGAAUAGCACCAGGUGCUCACUUGGCUAUGUACAAGGUCCUCUGGGCAACAAGUACAGAAGAGAGUGCAGCCACUGAUGUGCUUGCAGGCAUGGAUCAAGCAAUUGCGGAUGGUGUUGAUAUUAUGUCAUUGUCUCUUGGAUUUGACCAAACCCCUUAUUUCAAAGAUGUUAUUGCCAUUGGUUCCCUUUCAGCAAUCGAGAAUGGCAUUUUUGUUGUCUGUGCUGCAGGGAAUGAAGGAGUUAGAAACUCAAUAUUCAAUGGAGCUCCUUGGAUCACAACUGUGGGAGCUGGCACAGUUGACCGGAGUUUUACUGCAACUGUGACUCUAGAAAAUGACUCUGAUUUUGAAGGUAUAUCUUACUUUCCACAGAGCAUUUACAUUACCAAUACGUCUCUGUACUAUGGCAAAGGCAAUAUAAGCAAAGCACAUUGCAACCUUUCCGCACUGGACUCGAAGGAAGUUGCUGGAAAGGUAGUCCUUUGUGAUUAUAGCCAGAAAAUUGGCAUUAGUAAACAAUUACUGGAGGUUGAGAGAGCUGGUGCAUUUGCUGGAAUUUUUUCGUCAAAUGCAUCAAAUUUAUUUCCAGAUGAAUUCUCCAUUCCGAGUGUGGUUCUGCAUACUGAUUCUGGAGCAAAAGUUAGAGAGUAUGCAACACGAGAGAAAAGAGCAAAGAUCAAAAGUAUGAGGUUCCUGAGAACAAAAUUGGGCACUAAAGCAGCACCUCAAGUGGCCUACUUCUCUUCAAGAGGACCGGAUCCAAUCAACCCAAGUAUACUAAAGCCUGAUAUACUUGCCCCAGGAGUCGAUGUGCUGGCCGCAGUCACACCUAACAGGCCAUCCAUCAGAAUUGGAAAGUACAUUUUGGUGACAGAUUAUGAACUAGACUCAGGCACGUCAAUGGCAGCACCCCAUGUUGCCGGAGUGGCAGCUUUACUAAAAGCCGUCCACCGGGAGUGGAACCCAGCUGCUAUUCGAUCAGCUAUAAUGACUACAGCAUAUUCCAUCGACAACACAGGUAGUAUUCUGAAAGAUGAAACAACUGGCUUUCCAGCCACGCCUCUAGAUUUUGGGGCGGGUCAUAUAGAUCCAAACAAAGCCUUGGACCCUGGACUCAUCUAUGACAUGGAUUUUCAAGAUUAUGUUGAGUUCCUCUGUGGCCUACGAUAUAACAAAACUCAGAUGAAAGCUGUCAUCAGACGAAAUCACUGGAAUUGCAGCAAACAGCAUACUGACCUCAACUAUCCUUCUUUUAUUGCCAUAUUUACCAAUGAAACCGUGAAGACCUUUAGCAGGACCGUCAAGAACGUGGGAGAAACAGAUUCAGUGUACCAUGCAGCUUUGGAGUUUCCUAUAGCGAUGAAAAUCACAAUAGAGCCGAGCACUCUAACAUUCACUCAGAAAUAUCAGAAGCAGAAUUUCAUUCUGAGUUUAGAGAUUGGCACGAAAGCUCCAAGCGUGAUUUAUGGUUUUCUGAAAUGGAUUGAUCAGCAUAAUCAUACUGUAUCAAGCCCCAUAGUGGCCAUUAAAACCUAGCUAAAUCACAUUCAUUCUUGCAAUAUCAUCAUUUGUGAAAUGAAUUUUCUAGUUGUUGUUGCUAUAUGUAUCAUAACUUAUGUUGUCAGCCAAUAUCAAGGGUUAUCAAUAAAUUGUAAGCUUAACCUUUAUAAUUAGAUGCAUAA